AUGGAGACCAGCAGCCCGCGGCCUCCGAGGUCCAGCCCUGGCCCAGGGCUGAGCCUGGACGCCCGGCUGGGCGUGGACACGCGCCUCUGGGCCAAGGUGCUGCUCACGGCGCUCUACUCGCUCAUCUUCGCGCUGGGCACAGCGGGCAAUGCGCUGUCCGUGCACGUGGUGCUGAAGGCGCGGGCGGGCCGGCUGCGCUACCACGUGCUCAGCCUGGCGCUGGCGGCGCUGCUGCUGCUGCUGGUCAGCCUGCCGCUGGAGCUCUACAACUUCGUGUGGUUCCACUACCCCUGGGUCUUCGGCGACCUGGGCUGCCGCGGCUACUACUUCGUGCGAGAGCUGUGCGCCUGCGCCACGGUGCUCGGCGUGGCCGGCCUGAGCGCCGAGCGCUGCCUGGCCGUGUGUCAGCCCCUGCGCGCCCGCCGCCUGCUCACGCCCCGCCGCACUCGCCGCCUGCUGUCGUGGGUCUGGGCCGUCUCGCUCGGCCUGGCCUUGCCCAUGGCCGUCAUCAUGGGACAGAAGCACGAGCUGCAGACCGCUGGCGGAGAGCCCGAGCCCUCCUCGCGGGUGUGCACCGUGCUGGUGAGCCGCACCACGCUCCAGGUCUUCAUCCAGGUGAACGUGCUGGUUUCCUUCCUGCUCCCCUUGGCACUAACCGCUUUCCUGAAUGGCAUCACUGUGAACCACCUGCUGGCCCUCUACUCCCAGGUGCCAUCAGCUUCUGCCUCAGGCAACUCCAUCCCCAGUCGCCUGGAGCUGCUGAACGAGGAAGGGCUCCUGGGCUUCAUUGCAUGGAGGAAGACCUUCUCCUUGGGGACCCAAGCCAGCCUGGUGAGACACAAGGAUGCCAGCCGGAUCCGUAGCCUGCAGCACAGUGUCCGGAUUCUCAGAGCCAUCGUGGCCGUGUAUGUCAUCUGCUGGCUGCCAUACCAUGCCCGCAGGCUCAUGUACUGUUACAUCCCUGAUGAUGGGUGGACUGGCAUGCCAUAUGAUUUCUAUCACUCCUUCUACAUGGUGACCAACACACUUUUCUACGUCAGCUCAGCAGUGACCCCUGUCCUCUACAACGUUGUGUCCUCCUCCUUCAGAAAGCUCUUCCUGGAAUCCCUCAGCUCCCUGUGUGGUGAACAGCACCCGUGGUGCCAUUCUCCCCAGAGGCCCCAGAGUCACCUCCUGGUGCAUACAGCUUCAGGCUUUGGGGGUCCACUAGAAAUCCCAGCCUGGAUGAAAUACAAGUAUGAAGAGAGCGAACACUGGCUGCCAGCUUGCAUAUACCCAUCAGACAAGCCAUGCGUCACUAGUAACCCAUGUUCUGUGGCCAGAUGGACCUUCGCUGACCCAGCUCAGCCACUUACCAGAAAGCAUCUUCAGGAAAGUCACAUAACACCCCUUGGCCUCUGCUUCUCACCUAUGUAAAAAAGUGCAAGAAUAGGACCCGCCUUUUAAUGUUGGCUAAGAUAAAAGCACUUAGCACUGGGCCUGGUGCAUAGCCAGUACUCAAUAAAUCUUAGUUGGUGCUA